AUGAAUUCAUUCAUGAGUACAUUAUUCGGUUUAUCUAUAUUCUAUACAACAAUAGUAUCAACUGUCUAUUGUGUUGAUCUUAAGGGUAUAACAGUAACAAAAGAUGAAAUUAUUGCAUUAACACGUGAUCAUUUUGGACGCGUUGAUCCAGAUAAUUUACUAAAUGGUUUCUUUCCUGUUUGGGCUGUUAUUCAAUUUUGUCUUUCAGGUUUCUUUCUUGUCAUUGCUCUAAUUAGUGGACUCUGUUAUUUAUUUGGUUUCCGAGCACCAGACGACGAGCGUAGCAAGCAAAUUAAAUAG